AGGCAAUACAGCCAGCAUCUUGAGCAAAAGCUCGUUCCCAUCUCGAUCAUCAACGCACAGAGCGUUGAUUGCUCGCUCAUGGUGUUGUCUCCGCUUCUGUCACGACCGCUGAUCAGUUGGUACAGCCACCGAAUAUACAGUGCCAACGAAGCUGCAAACCUUGUAGACAUGCAACUGCGGUGUUGUUCAGUACGGCGGCCUGCUAUGCCCCAGAAGCAACUUUCCUGUGAAAGCCAAAGCCAGGCAUUACAAGAUUCGCAACCACUCUUAGCGGUCGGCAGUCUUACAUUAUGAAGAUGGUAUAGGCGCUCCGACUCCUUCCUUCUCGACCGAGAAUGAGAGCGCCUGGCUCCUACGAAUGCAUACGUGAUUGCCUGCCAAUGGUUGGCUGUCAACGUGGAGAGUAGGUACAUGUACCUCGCCCGUAUAGUGCUCCUGGCCGGAGAAACCUGAGGGUCGUCACACUCACGUGCUCAGGCAUUGACACUUCCAUCGGUUGGUGCUGCUUGUUCAAGUUGCUUGCGUGGCAGAGGGCAACAAAACAAGAAAAAAGGAAUUGUUGUACAGCACACGCUAAAACUACAUACAUUGUAUACUCUUUUCAGUCUUAACGCGUCACCCCCACCUACCACUACAGGUACCUGUACUCACCUACAUGUACCUAG